AUGCUGCAAUCAUCAAAAGACCUGGAAUCCAGGUCCCAAAAACUGGAUCUGAAGAAAAGUGAGUUGUACUUUAUUGAGGAAGAAAUUGAAGCAUCUUGUAAAAAAACUAAGUCCCAGAAAAAGAGGCUGCGGCAGCAGGUCAUGGAUUUAGAGGCACAACAGAAAGAACUGAAAGAGGGCUGGAACAAACUGGAACGAGAACAAAAACAAUUAUGUGACAUUAAAGAGAAACUGCAGGAAGACCGUGAAGAACUAGAAGAGGAAAAGAAACGAUUUGAAGAGGUGAAUGAAACCAUUGAAAUGGAGAAAGCUCUCAUGCAGCAAUCUAAAGUAAAAGAAGAGGAAAUAAAUAAGGAACUAAUAGUUAAAAAUGAAAGUCUGCAGCGACAGGUAAAAGAAAUGGAGAAUGACAAGACACAACUGGAGGAGCAAAAGGAAAAAUUUGAAAUGGAGAAAAGACAAAUCAAUGAGACGAAGAUCAAAAUGGAAAAAGAUCUCCAAGAACUACAGACAGAGAAGGAAACCCUGCUGCAGCAAUCCUUACAUUUAAAGGAGGAACAGAAAUCCAUGGAAGAAGAGAAGAAAACCUUGGAGAUGCAGAAAUCUAUAACAGAGCAAUCCAAGGUAAACGUGGAGGAAACCAAGCAACAAUUACAAUUAGAAAAAAAUAAUCUGCAGCUGCAGGUAAGAAAAGUGGAGGAUGACAGGAAACAGCUGGAAGAGGAGAGGGAGAAACUGCAACUGGAGAAAAGAGAAAUGAAUGAGAUGAAGAUUGAAAUGGAUAAAGGUCUCCAAGAACUACAGACAGAGAAGGAAACGCUGCUGCAGCAAUCUUUACAUUUAAAGGAGGAUCAGAAAUCCAUGGAAGAAGAGAAGAAAACCUUGGAGAUGGCGAUAUUUAUAACAGAUCAAGCUCGUCUAAAAUUGGAGGAAUCCUCGAAACAUUUAACAUUAGUAAGGAAUAGUCUACAGACACAGGGGAAAAAACUGGGGGAUGACAGGAAACAACUGGAAGAGGAGAGGGAGAAACUGCAGCUGGAGAAAAGAGAAAUGAAUGGGAUGAAGAUUGAAAUGAAGGAAGACCUUCAAGACCUCCAGACAGAGAAGGAAACGCUGCUGCAGCAAUCCUUACAAUUAAAGGAGGAACAGAAAUCCAUGGAAGAAGAGAAGAAAACUUUGGAGAUGCAGAAAUCUAUAACAGAGCAAUCCAAGGUAAACGGGGAGGAAACCAAGCAACAAUUACAAUUGGAAACUAAUCAUCUGCAGCUGCAGGUAAGAAAAGUGGAGGAUGACAGGAAACAGCUGGAAGAGGAGAGGGAGAAACUGCAACUGGAGAAAAGAGAAAUGAAUGAGAUGAAGAUUGAAAUGGAUAAAGGUCUCCAAGAACUACAGACAGAGAAGGAAACGCUGCUGCAGCAAUCCUUACAUUUAAAGGAGGAACAGAAAUCCAUGGAAGAAGAGAAGAAAACCUUGGAGAUGGCGAUAUUUAUAACAGAGCAAUCUCGUCUAAAAUUGGAGGAAUCCUGGAAACAUUUAACAUUAGUAAGGAAUAGUCUUCAGACACAGGUGAAAAAACUGGGGGAUGACAGGAAACAACUGGAAGAGGAGAGGGAGACAUUAGAGCAGGAGAAAAGACAAAUGAAUGGGAUGAAGAUUGAAAUGAAGGAAGACCUUCAAGACCUCCUGACAGAGAAGGAAACGCUGCUGCAGCAAUCCUUACAUUUAAAGGAAGAACAGAAAUCCAUGGAAGAAGAGAAGAAAACCUUGGAGAUGCAGAAAUCUAUAACAGAGCAAUCCAAGGUAAACGUGGAGGAAACCAAGCAACAAUUACAAUUGGAAACUAAUCAUCUGCAGCUGCAGGCAAGAAAAGUGGAGGAUGACAGGAAACAGCUGGAAGAGGAGAGGGAGACAUUAGAGCAGGAGAAAAGACAAAUGAAUGAGAUGAAGAUUGAAAUGAAGGAAGACCUUCAAGACCUCCAGACAGAGAAGGAAACGCUGCUGCAGCAAUCCUUACAAUUAAAGGAGGAACAGAAAUCCAUGGAAGAAGAGAAGAAAACCUUGGAGAUGGCGAUAUUUAUAACAGAGCAAGCUCGUCUAAAAUUGGAGGAAUCCUCGAAACAUUUAACAUUAGUAAGGAAUAGUCUUCAGACACAGGGGAAAAAACUGGGGGAUGACAGGAAACAACUGGAAGAGGAGAGGGAGAAACUGCAACUGGAGAAAAGAGAAAUGAAUGAGAUGAAGAUUGAAAUGGAUAAAGGUCUCCAAGAACUACAGACAGAGAAGGAAACGCUGCUGCAGCAAUCCUUACAUUUAAAGGAGGAACAGAAAUCCAUGGAAGAAGAGAAGAAAACCUUGGAGAUGGCGAUAUUUAUAACAGAGCAAUCUCGUCUAAAAUUGGAGGAAUCCUGGAAACAUUUAACAUUAGUAAGGAAUAGUCUUCAGACACAGGUGAAAAAACUGGGGGAUGACAGGAAACAACUGGAAGAGGAGAGGGAGACAUUAGAGCAGGAGAAAAGACAAAUGAAUGGGAUGAAGAUUGAAAUGAAGGAAGACCUUCAAGACCUCCUGACAGAGAAGGAAACGCUGCUGCAGCAAUCCUUACAUUUAAAGGAGGAACAGAAAUCCAUGGAAGAAGAGAAGAAAACCUUGGAGAUGCUGAAAUCUGUAACAGAGCAAUCUAUUCUAAUAUUGGAGGAAUCCUCGAAACAUUUAACAUUAGUAAAGAAUAGUCUUCCGACACAGGUGAAAAAACUGGAUGAUGACAGGAAACAACUGGAAGAGGAGAGGGAGAAACUGCAGCUGGAGAAAAGAGAAAUGAAUGAGAUGAAGAUUGAAAUGGAUAAAGGUCUCCAAGAACUACAGACAGAGAAGGAAACGCUGCUGCAGCAAUCCUUACAUUUAAAGGAGGAACAGAAAUCCAUGGAAGAAGAAAAGAAAACCUUGGAGAUGCUGAAAUCUGUAACAGACCAAUCUAUUCUAAUAUUGGAGAAAUCCUCAAAACAUUUAACAUUAGUAAAGAAUAGUCUUCAGACACAGGUGAAAAAACUGGAUGAUGACAGGAAACAACUGGAAGAGGAGAGGGAGACAUUAGAGCAGGAGAAAAGACAAAUGAAUGAGAUGAAGAUUGAAAUGGAUAAAGGUCUCCAAGAACUACAGAGAGAGAAGGAAACGCUGCUGCAGCAAUCCUGA